AGUUGUACGAACCCUUCCUGUUGUCGGUGAUCGCCCCCGAUCAGCGGCCAACACGGUCCGAUAAAAAACUCAAAAAGAAAGGCACCGUCGCAUCUGCUCGGUGACCGUCUUGUAUAGAAGAGCCGCGUUCUGCUUUGCCAACUCAUCGUGAUUCUUACCUCUUCAUUAGUGAAAACUACAUUACAUAUAUAUUCCAUUAGCUCCACAGAAAUGUUUGUGAAAGCUCUUCUUGGCGGUGUGGUGGGCUCCGUCUGCUCCGCCUAUCAUCGCCGCCCCACCAACGUCUCCCUUGCUCUCGACCCGCCCACGCUGGACAUCAUCAUGGACCCGACGAAGGAUAUCAUUCCCAUUCGCGCCGUCAUCGUCGGUGGCGGUUACGCGGGCAGCAAGAUGGCGUACCAACUCGACAGCAUGUUUGAUGUCACCCACAUUGACGAGAAGAACUUCUACGAGCUGACGAACGACGUCAUCCCGGUUAUCACUAACCCGUGGAAGGAGGACGUGAACCCCGAGGCGUGUCGGCGCAUGAUGGUGCUCCACCGCUACUACCUGAAGCGCAGCAACGUGGUCACCGGCACCGUGACGGGCGUGGAUGAUACGCAGGUGUACCUGCGCGACGGCCGCAGGGUCCCCUACGAUCUUUUGAUCCUCGCUACGGGAGAGCGUAAGCCCUUCCCUUUUCAGACGCGCGAGCGUACCAUCUCUGGCCGCGUACAAGAGCUGAAGCGUUUUAAUGAGUUCAUGCAGACGUGUAAGAAGGUGGCAGUCGUCGGCGGUGGUCCGGUCGGCACGUCCCUUGCCCAGGACCUCGCCAGCACCCGACCCGACAUGGAGGUCCACCUCUACCACCAACGAGCGGAGUUGCUGCCGCAGCUGCCUGGCGUGUGCCGCCGCCACGCACAGGAGAAGCUGGCGUCGAACAAAAAUCUUCACCUACACCUGUCCACCCGCGUCACGGCAGUGGACGGCUUCGCGACGUCGGCGACGAAAGAUAGCAGCGAGCAAGGGAAGGGUCGUGGUGCGGCGUCGUUGCCUGCUGCGCACGCCAGGCGCGUCGCACCGCCUACCCUGAGCACCCCCUCUGAAUCCGCCUUGGUCCUGGACAGGGCCGAUCUCCCCUUGUGGCGUUUGUGGCUGAGUGCCAUCUGGACCCCGCGCGGUGUCGUGCCCGACCAGUUCACCGUGCGCUACGAUACGCUGCACAGUGAAAUCCGCUCGCAGCAAUCCAUUCUACAGCAGGUGUACUACGGCAAGCAAGACGAGGUGCAGCAGUGCGGGGAGGUCAUGGCGUGCGGGUCGGAGCAGGGCUUCGACUACGUGUUUGCCGUGUCAGGGGACACCCCGCGACCGCUGCAGUGGGACACGCCGAGGCCGACGUCGCCGAACAUUCUGAAGGAGCACGAGAUGAUGGACGGCCACUACCGCGUCAGCACUCUCAUGCAGUUCUUCGGCCGGCCGAACAUCUUCGCCCUCGGCCGCUGCGCCAACUUUCCUGUCAUCCGUGGCUACGGCUCGAGCGACAUUGAAACCCGCACGCUCUUUCGGGAGCUGAACUCAAUCGUGAACAACCCGGCCACGGUCUUCCUGCACUCGCGCGAUGGCAUCCAACUCUCGCACAUGGCAAUCCCGCGCCUGCACGUCCGCCUGGGCGUGGACGACGCCGUCGGCUGCACGCCGUGGUCGGGCGGUAUGACGGGCGUCUCCUCGGUGCACGAGUUCAUGCAGGACCGCAGCUACCUGUUGAAGGAGUUCCAGAAGCCGGUCUUCUACAAGCAGCAGGAUCAGACGAAGAUCAAGCAGCGGGUGUCGCAGUGGCUGGCAGAGGAAAUCACAGAUGUCGUGGACUUCUCCCACUGUUGA